CAGGAAAGAGCCAUGUUUGGAGAGCAUAAAGCAAAGUCAGUCUAGAUCAGAUGGACAGACAUGGGUGAUCUGCAUUCACUGUGUGUUGGAGAGAGAUCAGUGGAGGAACUAGUCAUGGGAGUAGCAGGGUGAUUGAUUGGACUGGACGCAGGUUUCUCUGUUGGCUGAAGAAAAAUCCGGCAGGCCCUGGAACUGGCAGACUCAGAUAAGCUGGCAGGAGAAAAGGGAUGCAGGAGGAAGACUCUAUUUGCAGGUCCAUAGACAGCUAGGAAUGUACUUCCUCCAAAGUAGUAGCCCAUGCUACUGAUGACCAAUACUCCAUAUACAGUGGGAAUAAAGGAGAGAGGGAAGCCACCUUGCGAUGGUCCAGAGAGUCUAAUUUCUCUGCAACUUUGGUGAUGGAGCUGAAGGUCUGGGUUGAUGGUAUCCAGCGAGUUGUGUGUGGUGUCUCAGAUCAGACCACAUGCCAGGAGGUGGUCAUAGCAUUGGCACGGGCUAUUGGCCAGACAGGAAGGUACAUACUCAUCCAGAAGCUGCGGGAGAAGGAGAGGCAGCUCCUACCGCACGAAUGCCCUCUGGAGUCACUGGCCAAGUGUGGACAGUAUGCCAACGACGUGCAGUUCGUAUUGCAGCGGACGGGCCCCAGCCUGGCCGAGCGCCCUUCCUCUGAUAGUGCCCCCCAGGCUCCCGAGAGGACAUUCAUCCGGGCCAGCCUUCCCAUCAAACCUAGACCUGUCAGCACAGAGGUGCCCAGGUCCCGAGAGCCUAAAAAGUCUAUGACCUUUAACUUGGGCCCUAUGGGCUCCAGCGAUCGGCUCGCCAAGAGCAAGCUGAGACCACACAAGAGGGACAGUGUAGACUCAAAGGACAGCACCAGUCGCAGCCAUCCAUCCAAGGAGGAGCUGUUUAAGACUGUACUGCACCAGCAGGAGCAGCUGCACUCCCUGGAGGUGCACGGGGAUUCCCUGGAAACGGACCUCAGGCACUGGGAGCAGGACAGGGGCUCCAGCCAGGAAGACGAGAUCCUUUAUCUGGAGCACCUGAUCAGGCGGAACGAGAUGGAGCUGGGCGAAGAGGAGUUCUGGCAGAGCGAGCUCCACAUGGAGCAGGAGUGUGAGAGGGAGCGGCAGGAGAAGGUGAGGAGCCUGCGGGCCACCAUGGAGGAGUACACUCAGAAAAUCCACGAGCUGACCACCAAGACGGAGGUCCUGGAGACGGAGAUCCAGUUAGAGAUCACAGAGAGGGCCAGGUGGGCAAAGGAGGCUCCUGCGGAUCUGGAGGACAUGGCUGCCAAAAUGAAAAGGGAUCUGGAAGCCAAGGCCAAGCAGAGCGCCCAGCUGGAGAGCAGCCUGGCGAGCGUGGGGAAGGCCUUGGAAGAAGCUGAAAGGAAUUUGCAGGCCCAGAAUCAAGAGCUGGAGGAGUUAAAUAAGGAGCUGAGGCAAUGUAAUUUGCAGCAGUUUAUUCAGCAGACGGGAGCCACAGUGACUGUUUUGCAGUCCAGACCUGAGGAUGAACCCCAGCUGGAUCAAACUAACCACGAACUGCCAGCCUGCCAGAGAAACGGAGGCCUUCUCCAUCCCAGCACAGACUCUCCUCCUCGACCAAGCGCCAAGCAGUUCCUCGGCCAUCCACGGAACCUUCAGAACCCACUGGUGUCCAGCCUGAACCCCGAGGUCGUAUCAACAAGGCAGAGCAUCUGGAGGUAGAAAGGCCCAGCCACUGGAGGAGUGAUUUGCCUUGCAAGUGUAACUGUAUAUAAGUAAAACCAUGUUCCGUAUAGAUAUAUAUAUAUUUUUUUUACUCCUUUGUAUCAUGAAUGGAUGUUGAUGGCCAUAUGAAGUGUUUUUACAGACUGAUGUGUUUUAAGUAACAGCAAAAACAGUUCCAUCCCAUUUGGAUGAAAAAGACCUGUUGUGGUUUUUCUGAAUGCUGUGUCUAUUUUUUAAAAAAAAUGAAGAUGCUAAUAUUUCUGGGAAUCCUGGUAGCCCUCAUAAGAUGCAUCAAACAAUGAAAGACCCUUGUCGAUAAAGCAAAGGACUGCCUGUGAGAGGUACGAGACUUUUCUGGGCCAAACAAACACUAAGCACAUAGUGGGUUUUCUGUGCCAUGCUCUGAUGUUCGCUUCCCAGGGGAUGCUAUGUGCUACUGCUGUACAGUGAAGGACCCAUGGAAGCCAGGAUUGUGUUCCAUAUAACGCAUUGUGACUCUCUCGUGGUCACUUGUGUUAAUACCCAACAUGUGAGGAAAAUGGAUGUUUAUCAGGAAACGUGACAAACUAUCCAGCUGCCUGGGAGAACUCUAUUUGUAGUCCUGCAGAAGCCAGGUUUGUACGAUCUUGGGGAGAACUUGUACAAGCUGUUGCUCUUUGGACCAGGCAGCAUCAUGACUAGGAGCAUCUGCCUGAUGCUGAACAGAAUCAGCAAAGACUUUCCAGAUGUGGUAUAAUGGGACUGAGGGGCUCCUGGUGGUGUCUUGUGCCAAGUGCAUCAUCUUCCAAAAGCAUCAUUUGCAAAGUAGAGAGGACUAGAGAUGGAAUAGCUGGAGUGACGUCUAGUUCCUAAUGAACCGCAGCUCUUACCUGUGAGUCUUGAUAUUUGUAUUUACAUACUCCUGCUUUCUAAAACACACUCAGGUCAUUGAAAAAAUGGAGGUAAAAAUGUUGAUGAUUGAAUGGCAAACUGGCAUACGCAUGAAGCUUCCAGUAGGGCUGUCUUUGCUACAGGUAGCUUCACCCUCACCUGAGAUUCAUUGUCCUUCAACCUCCACCCAUAUAACUCCUUCAGAGAUGUCUGCCUCUCUGUCUUAAGGCCAGUUCAAUAGGUUGCAUGUCUGCCUGCCAUGGAACUCUGCAAAAGCUCUGUCUGCACCUGGUUCCAUAUUGCAGAAGCCCAGAUGUACAUCGAACUGAGCCAGGAUUGGAGAGAUUUGUGGGUCAGGGGAAAGGAAAGCUGAACACGUACUCUGUGGGGAGUGUCUUGGGCAUUGUCCCCUAAUACUAAAAUGCGAUAUGUAUUAUUGCCAUUAACCAGUAUUUCCAGCCAUUCACCCUUUUCCUAAUGGAAGUACUGAAAAGAGUGGUUCAUUGGUCGGGUAUUUGCCGCUCUCAUUUGUCAAGACAGCUCUCUUGUGCCUGCUCACUGCUUACAUUGGCAAACAAGUUUAUUCGGAUGGUGGCUUACUGUAACCUGAGUAACCCAUUGUUUUUCUGCUGUGGCUGUCACUGCCCUAAUUGCCCUAAAAUACACAGCGGAGAAUCCAAAUGCUCCUCCUUGAAAACGCUCUAGUUCAGAACCAGGCUGCUGUUCAUGUCAUACAAUAUACAUGAGCUAAAAGGGGAGAAGUAGAAGGGAAACAGCCUCUUCCUGCUAUUCUAGGUGCUACCACAAUACGCACAUAGGCCCCAGUUGAGAUCAGGGUCCCAUUGUGGUAGGUGCUGCACCAGGUGUAUGACACAGUUCCUUAUCCCUAGAAGCUUGCUGCCUGGUCUUUCAUUGUGAGUUCUCUUUAAGAUUCCAAAGGAUAGAACCCAAAUAUUCCUUCCUCCUUUUAAAAAAAAUAAAUGCAUUAGUAACAUUUCUGAUAUAGAUGCGUCCCAAACCAAAGAUGACCAUUGUGUUCUUUUUCUCCUCUCAGGGUGAGCAACAGGCUGUGUUGCUGGUCUGAGACUUUUAGGAGCAGAGAGAGGAGUUGACUCCAAACAUUCUGUAGUGCUCAUUCAUCAGUUUUUAGAAACCUCUGCUUUCCAGGGCUGAGUAACUACUUAGCUUUUCUUGCAGAUUUCUGA